GUGGGAGGAUGGCAGUCAGCCCGGUUCCUGGUUGUGGGCCCCAGGGGAGCUCGCUCUCCAAAAUGACCACUGAUACGACUUGUCAGGUUCCCCAGAUUUAGAAGCUGAGGCCAGGACCAUGUGCAAGUGGCUUAUGAUGUGCUCCUGGGAGAACUCCAGUGUCAGCCUGAAUGUGAAUUAUAACUCAAAGUCUUUCCAGACUCAAGGCAAGGCAGCUGGGUUUUCAGAACAUCUCACCAUGUGAACUAGGAAGAACUAUCCUAAGUCUUCUGAAUUAAAACUGAGACUCAAUCUACAUUGAACUUCCUCAGAAAGGAAUCAUGAACAUUGAAGCAUAUUUUGAAAGAAUUGGUUAUAAGCACUGUAGGAACAAAUUGGACUUGGAAACAUUAACUGACAUUCUUCAGCACCAGAUCCGAGCCAUUCCCUUUGAGAACCUUAACAUCCAUUGUGGGGAAGCCAUGGAAUUGGGCUUAGAGGCCACUUUUGAUCAAAUUGUGAGGAGGAACCGAGGUGGGUGGUGUCUCCAAGUCAAUCAUCUUCUGUACUGGGCUCUGACCACAAUUGGUUUUGAGACCACGAUAUUGGGAGGGUAUGUAUACAACACUUCAGCAAACAAAUAUAGCAAUGCCAUGAUUCACCUCCUGCUGAAGGUGACCAUUGAUGGCAGGAACUACAUAGCUGAUGCUGGAUUUGGAUGCUCUUACCAGAUGUGGCAACCUCUAGAGGUAAUUUCUGGGAAGGAUCAGCCCCAAGUGCCUUGCGUCUUCUGCUUGACAGAAGAGAGAGGAAUCUGGUACCUGGACCAAAUCAGAAGAGAGCAGUAUAUCCCAAACCAAGAAUUUCUUAAUUCUGAGCUCCUGGAGAAGAAUAAAUAUCGGAAAAUCUACUCUUUUACUCUUGAACCUCGAAAAAUUGAAGACUUUGAGUCUGUGAAUAUAUACCUUCAGGAAUCUCCAGCAUCUGUCUUUACAAGCAAGUCAUUUUGUUCCUUGCAGACUACAGAAGGUGUUCACUGUUUAGUGGGCUUCACCCUCACCUACAGGAGAUUCAAUUAUAAGGACAAUACAGAUUUGGUAGAGUUUAACACACUGAAUGAAGAAGAAGUAAAAGAAAAUCUAAAAAAUAUAUUUAAUAUUUCCUUGGAGAAAAAGCUUGUCCCCAAACAUGGUGAUAAAUUUUUUACCAUAUAGAGUAAG